AUAUUUCACAUUACAGUCCGGACACUGGAGGAGCCCAGCUGGGACUGAAAGUCAUCAUAAUGUUGGACUAAAAAGACCCAAGGGAAGCAGCCAGGAAAGGCUCUGAAUUUUUUGGACUUGCCAUCAGUUCAGGAACUCCAUUCAAGCUCGAGUCACCCCCAUUCUGUCGAGUCGCUCUCUAAAGGUUUUUUUGGCAGGUGGUGAAAGUCUCACCUCAAGGAGACGUGAUGGAGGCCGAUAUCUUUGAGUAUCACAAAGAAGAAGAGCCAGUGGACAUCGAGACUUUUUCAGGGGGAAAGCAGAAGCUUAUUCAGCCAACGUCUUUAAAUGACCCAAAACUUGAGAAGCUGAAGGAGGUUCUGGUUUGUUGGAUCAAUAGCACUUUGAAACCAGAGCACAUAGUGGUUCAGAGUCUGGAAGAGGAUCUGUAUGAUGGACUGGUGCUUCAUCACCUCCUGUCCAUGUUAGCAGGUGUGAAACUGUCUGUGGAGGAGAUGGCACUGACCAGCACAGCACAGAUUCGUAAACUGGAGGUGAUCCUGGAGGAGUUGGACAAGAGACUUGGCCUGCAGGACGGCAGAGAGAUCAAGUGGAAUGUCAAACUCAUCCACAACAAAGACCCUCUGGCCACUAUCCAUCUCCUGGUGGCCAUGGUGAGAUGCUUCAAGCCUGACCUGGAUUUACCACCAAAUGUAAAAGUUGACAUUGUAGUUGUUGAAGUCACCAAAAACGGUAUAAAAACUGAGGUGCAGACGGAGAUCCUAACAGAGGCAAGAGAUGCUGGCUCAGACUCCCAGGGGAAUACUGAGAGGGAAGAUCCUAUAGAGGAGCUGUUGAAGCUUGAGCCUCACAAGGUCAACACGGUGAAAAAGGCCAUCUUACACUUUGUCAACCAGAAAAUGUCAACCAUGGGUCUGCAUGUGGCUGAUAUGGAUAAACAGUUUGCUGACGGUGUUAUUCUGCUGCUGCUCAUUGGACAGCUGGAGGGCUUCUUCAUCCCACUCCAUGACUUCAACCUGACCCCCGUCAGUCCCUCUGAGAUGCUUCACAACGUGACCUUGGCCUUAGACCUCCUCCAUGACUCCGGACUUAAGAUGUCCACCGUUGAUCCACAAGAUAUCGUCUCUCAGGAUGUCACUGCCACCUUGAAGAUCCUGUACGCCCUGUUUAAGAAGCACAGAGGGAAAUAAAGAGGAUGUACGAGUGAAGAGGAGCUUGGUAACUGGAAAUAAAGACAGAAGAGAGGUUGGAUGGAGCUUCUUCUUCUGUUUUUAACCUCUUUAAAUAAUAACAGACUAAUUAUUAUUUAGAAAAUCUUGACUGAUUGUAAAAUAUCUUGGAGUACACUUGAGAAUGCUUAAAAUAAAAAAAAAAAGUCUAAGCAGUUUAAGUUUUAAUCAAUGACCUUCCAGGAGCCGAAACAGCUAAAUAAAUUCAUUUCUGAUAAGUUGCUGCAAUCACUGGAUCAGCUAACAAAGCUAUGUUAGUUGUAAAAAACAUGUAGCUAAAUAUAAAGCUACAUUAGCUAUGUAGCUAAUGUAGCUAAUAAAUAAUAAAGUUAUACUACGCUGGCUGCAUGAACUAUGUAGUUACGUAGUUGAAUAUAAAGCUAAUGAUGCUACAUAAGCUACAUAAACAACAAUAGGUAAAGUAGCUACAUAAGUAGCUACAUAACAAAUAUAGCUAGAGCUGAAACAAGAAGGCAGUUAUGUUAUGAAGCAAUCUGUCAUGGGUUUCUUUUCUGCAUGUUACAGCUGACCUCCAUAGGUAGAUGUCCUGAUUUAUGCUACUGCAGCUGUAGGUCUGCCUAGCCCUGAAUGUUAGGCAGAGGCCUACACAUGUAGCCAGUAAGGAUCUCCUCAAAUAGCCAACAGCCAGGGAUGCAAAGUAACUCAUUACAUUAACUCAAAAUACUGUAAAUGGCUAGCUUUUUAAGUAUAUUUAAAAAUCAUUUUACCUUUACUUAAGUGUAUUUUCAGGAAGAGUUGUUUUUUUUACUAGAUUUUAGCUCCAAUCUUUUUAUUGAGGAAGCAGUAAUAAAACAGUCUUGCAAAUAUAUCCUCUUUUUGGAUUUGGGAACAGAACGUUAGGGACUUUGAAAAAAAACAAAACAAAAACCUCUACAGUUCCUAAAGUGUCCACUAGAGGCUGGCUGCAAAAGCACAGGAAGUCACAUAUACACCCCCAUGUUAAAAUGCAAAAAUAACAUGUUUACAGCUUAGUUCAAACAAUGGACUUGGUUGAAAUAGUUAAUGGUGCACAUGGAGCAGGGAGUGAUUUUCUUUUAAAUCCCUCAUAUAGGUUUUAAGAAGCAUAAGAAUUAUGCAUUAGGGGCAUGGCUGAUACGUCAACAGACCGUCAGGAUGUGAUUGUUUAUCAGGAGCCUUAGGACCUGCCUCAACUUUGUCACUUUGUUGUUUUCUUGGUUGAUCUGAAGUUAGUUUAUUACAUUUUCAGUACAUAGACUGCACACAAAAGCCCCCUUCAGUAACCAAAUUGCUGACAGGCCUCAGCCUUUGUCUAAUUUUUUUUACAGUCUAUGGUCCUUACUAGUCCAGUUGUCUUUUCUGCAUGCAGCCGGCAUGCAGCUGUGUUUUUUCACAGCUUUGGCUCUUUGAAAGUGCAACAAAAAAUGUCUCAGAGCAAGCAACACAUGAUUCUGCCCUCAGCAACAGGCUGAACCUCUGCUCUGCUCUCCAUGGUUCCAGAGCAAAGUUCUUUCUCUCUGAUCGUUUAUUUACAUGUAUUUUUGUGUCGUGGCUUUUGAUGCUCUGCCUUUUUUAAGGUUAUGUUUCUAAUCAUGUAAAGCACUUUGAAUAACUCCAUGUAAGUUUUAUAAAUAAACAUGCCUUGUUUUCACCCUUUCAUCUAAUCCAUCCACCACACUCUCCUUCAAUA